GUGUUUUUAGCAAAAUUUGAUCUUUUUGCUCUUCAUCCUCUUUCUUCAAUUGUUACAUUUUGGUGUUAAAAGAAAAAAUCAUCUCUAACCUUGCAGGAUUUUCUGUUUUUAAACUUCUUUUUUGCAUUUCGAAUUGGUUUAGAUGUGGGUUUCUGGUUAUUUCUCCAAAGUCGUCUUCUUUCUGGACUCUUAGUAGGUUGUGGAUUUGUUAAUGCUUGAGUUUGGUUGAAUAAUUUGUUGAAAGAAAAUAAAAAAUGAGAAUUGAUGCCAAGGGGGUUCAAGUUUUUCUAUGGAAGACUAUUGGAUUUUCUAUGAACAGUUUCUGGAAAUGUGUACAGAAACAUCCAGUUGUUGCAGGUGUUUUGUUGGUCUUCUUCCUCGUGUAUUUGCUUCUUCCUUCUGUUUUCUUCAUUUUGAUUUUUGCUUCUUCGGUUCUCCUUGGCGCUGCUGUUUUCAUACGGUUUCGUUUCAAUUCCAAAAGACAGAAUGUUGCAGAAGUUUGGAAGAAAGACAGUGAGAAAUUAUCUGGUGAUUCCUUGAAUGAUGGGGUGAAAAGGAGUACUAACCCUUCAUUUCGAAGUCAGAAAAGUGUUCGACGAAAUGUCAGAAAGGGAAACAUAGGGUGUGAUGCACAUGGUAAUAUUAUUACUUUGAUUAAUCCUCUAGAUGAAAUAUUGGGUAGAAACACUUGGUCCAAGGUAAAACACACAAUAGUGAGGAAAAGGGAAGGGAAAACAAGUUCUACUUUCGAUGAUGGGGAGACUUCGUCUAAUAAUGCAACUAAAAAUAUUGAAGCAGGUGAUGGUCGUUGCCUACUUUUUGAUUCUGAACGAUCAACGUCUGAUCCCAUAUGGCAUGAAGGUUUUGACAAGCAGUGUGAAAAGUUUUCUGGUGAUGGUGAGGCUGAGGUGGAAAGCAUGGAAGAAGCAGAGGAAGACGAUGAAGAGGAGGUUCAAGAAGACGGGAAUAAGGUUCUGGAAUGGACAGAGGAUGAUCAGAAGAAUCUCAUGGACCUUGGGAAUUCUGAGUUAGAAAGAAAUAGAAGGUUGGAGAGUCUAAUUGCUAGAAGAAGAGGAAGAAAGUUGUUCAAAAUGGCAAUUGAGAACAGUGUAAUGAACAUGGAUAGUGCUCCUCCAGGUCCAUAUGCUCCAAUUUUUGUUGCAAGAAACAACCAGUUUGAUGAUCUCAAGAAUUUUGAUCAGGAAGGGUUACUUAUUCCUGAUUCUGCCCCUUCUAUCCUGUUACCGGGACGAAACCCCUUCGACCUUCCCUAUGAUGCACACGAAGAAAAACCAAAUCUUACAGGAGACAGUUUUCAGCAAGAAUUCAUGGCUGUCCCUCAGAAGGAUAUAAUGUUUUGCCGACAUGAGAGCUUCUGUCGUGGACCAUUUUUCCCAUUUAAACCCAAGCAUGAUCUUCAAGAUCCACAAUUUGACCUUUGUUUUGGUACCAAGGAAAGGCCAAGGUACUCCACAUUUGGGAUGCAAUCUGAAGAUAAUGGAGUUAACAAUCAUCACAAGUCAUCCAUCAUGGGAAGUGCUACUAAUCUUGUUCAACUAGAGAGCCUAGAUCCUAACCAGGUGAUAAACUCAGAGUCAGAGGAACUCCACCCUGAUGAACUUAGAAUGAAAGAAGGCAACUUGAUUGAAAUUGAUGGAGAGAGAAGAGAAGAUCCUAAUGGGUUGCAGCUAAGUUUGGUUAACGAACUUGAAGUCCAAACUGAGACUGAUUCCAUAAAAGACAAUCAGUCAUCUUCAUCAUCGUCAUCUGAAGCCAGUGAAAUGAUCUUAAACAGAAUAAAAUUUCCUCAGGUGCUUAGUGAUCAUGCACAAAGAAGCCUCGUCCAGGCAGCCCCCCUUAAGAGCCCCCUUAAGAGCACGUCCUUAGAUAGACCUCCAUUUGAUUACAGUCCAACAGCAAUUGACAAGCCAAGAUUCGAUAAUCGUUCAUUUUUCAAUGUACCUUGUCACACCCCUACCUAUUCCAUUGCUUCUGACUUACAAGUUGAAGUCUCAGAAGUUGGCUCACCGCGACUAAUGCCACUGGUGGAUGGAGCUGCUUCAUUUGUUGAUGAAGAUACAAUCACAUAUGAUGCUGAUGUUGACAAGGAUAUCACCCCAGAGAGUGAAGAAAAAUGGGGGGGCUCAUUUUACCAAGAAGGGAGAGAUGGAAAAGGAUCAAAAUCGAGAGAAUUGCAUGAGACUAGGGAAGAGCACACUUUUAAUGGACAUUCAGACUUGAACAAAAAGCCUGAGGAUUCAAUUGUAUUACCAACAGUGUCAGAGAAUAGCUUGAUUUCAUUUUCUCCCAAAACUGAAACAAUUGAAAACGGUCAAUCCUACCCAACAGAUAUCAAUCAUCACAACACUGAAGGUGUGGAGCCAACAGUUACAGAAGUUGAGGUAUCCAGAAUGUCUAAUGUCUCUAACGAGUCAUCUCCUAGAAGUCUGAAAAACAGAAUAAGAGAGGACUUCACAGUUCAUUCAUCUUCUCAAGCUAAUUUCGAGAGGCCAGAGCAAAAUGAUGGUUCGAACUCACCAUUGCAACUUCUGACUCUUAAACAGGAAUUACCUAAACCUCUAGCGAGGUUUGAAGAGGAGGCAAGCAACAUUCAUAAUGUGGAGCCAGUUGUUCAUGCAAAUGCAGCUGAAGUAAUCAGUUCGGUAUCUAGUGAGUAUAAUCCAGUUAAUUCUGAGUGGUGCUAUGAUCAAGGGAUUAUGGCAUAUGAGAAAACGAUGGAAGACAAUAGAAAUUUUGAGUAUAUCAGAGAUAGGGAAGGAGAUCAUGAAGAGCUUACCAAGCAUAAUGUUGGCAAUGAACCAGAGGCAGUUUUGAAAUCAAUACAAGAUGAUAGAGAUGAGCAAAAUGUUCCAGAAAAUAAUGUUCCCUUGGCAGAACAGAGAUUUGAUGAUCCUUCUGCAUCAUCCCUGCAUCAGAGGAUAGGGGUUGAACAGGAUUCUAUCACUUCAGGUUCAUGCCCGUCUCCAAGGUCUGUAUUACUUCAACAGAUCCCAACAGAUCAAAAUCCACAGUAUUCUCUAGAGAAUUUUGUAGAUCACUCCCCCAGUAAUUCCAGUUUCAGAAACAUGGAGGGGCAAUCUGACACGAUGGUGAACUCUACUGAGGAAUCUGACACAAUAAAUCAAAUAAAUGAACUGAAUUUUGAUCACAUGGAAGGAAAAAAGGAUUCUUUGAUCAAAUCAACUGAAGGUAAAUUAAAAACAACACUUAUCAGUCAUUGGGAUGCUGAAGAUGUUUCAAAACCAGAUAAAGAAAGUAAUCCCAGUUUUGGCAAGCUUAUUGAAGUAACACAUGCUAAUCUGAUCGAGCAUGAAGCCAGUAUUAGUCAUGGAAAAUCACAACAUGAAAAUGCUCAUUCAAAUGUACCUGAAGCAACGGCAAAAGAAGAGAAGUUUGCACCGGAAGUUGACAACAUCAACAACAUCAAUGAAUCAGUAGCCAAUCAGAUAACCGACAAUGGCAAAUCAAACCAUGUUGACAUCCAAUGUGAAACUCAAAUGUCCGAUCGGGGAGAGUCUUUGGUGCAACCAUCAAAUAACAGUGAGGCAACUAAUGCAAUAUAUAUUGAAGGCACUGAAUACAAAUACCAAAGAUUAUCUGAGGAAGAAGGUAGUGCUGGCCCAAUAACAAAACCAGCUGGAGAAAGUGAUACUUCAAGUGUCAUAAAUAUUGAAGAGCUGAGAGAGUUGAUCAGCCAAGAGAGUGCCAAGGCCACACCAAAACCAGAUGAAAAUGGUUUAAAGUGCAUUGAAAAUAGCAAAGACAGACCACAAGGUCUCCCUGAAGGUGAUGAAUCAUCAAAACCAACAGAAGCUGAAGCCAAGGCUGUCAACACAGAGACAAAAGAUGGGCAUAUAGUAGAUGGGCAUAUAGUAGCAGAAUGAGGAGAUAGAAAUUUGCCCAGCAGUCUUCUGCUUCCCUAGCAACUUCACUAAAGAGAAGCUGAAACUCUAUCAUUCCAAAGUCAAGCUAUUAGGAACUGAAAAUUCUCAGAAGAUAUCAAUUUUUUCAGGUUACUAGCAUAGAGCUUCAAGUAGCCAAAACACUAACUUAUUUAACUUUAAAGAUUAAGAUUUUUAGUUGUAUAGCAUCAUGGACUGAAAAUUACAUCCAUGAGAAGAGGUUUCUUUUGUGAAACCACAUGGUAGGUGAACUUAUUUACCUUGUCAGAACAGAAAUUUUCUUUUGCUGUUGUAGCUGUUGGUGAAGAACUAUCUGCAGAAACCACUGGUGAUAAUACAGAAAUUGCGAUUCUGGCCCCUCAAUGGAAAUGACAUAAUAAGUUCAGUUGCUCACAGAAUGCCAACAGUGGUGAUCCUGAUGAUAUCUGGAAGACCCUUAGUUGAAGAGCCCUGGAUUUUGGAAAAAGCAGGUGCCCUAAUAGCUCCAUGGUUGCCUUGAAUUGAAGGAAGGAGAAUUACAGAUGUUAUUUUUGGAUAUUAUGACAACUACCAAUGCAGUGUUUUAGAAGAGUUGAAGACUUCCCAAUGAAUGCUGGAAACAACUCAUACGAUAUUAAUUUUGUUUGCCCUUUGGUUUUGAUUGACAUGCAAUCAGGAAAGAUCUGUAGAUGAAAUAAUUUCAUGGUCAAGGCUACCACUGUUGUCAACAUUUUGUAUAAAAAUUAUGGUGGUUGAAUUGCAGCUAUAUAAAUAAAUUUCCCCAUUCAUU